ACACUCACACGCGACAGAGAAUGCUCAGGGAUGCGUCUGAAAGAAUGACGCUUACCCAGCCGCGGUGUACCCUCCCAGUUCUCGAUCCCGUGGCGAGUACUGAAUUGAUUGUGCCCAAUGGUAUUAGCUCGGCGAAUCAUAAUUUGCAUUGGGCCCGUCUCCGCUGGGAACGCCACACUUCCUUCAUAUAACUCCCGCUGUGUACUCAGGGCCUCCAUACCUCGUCACUCAUCAAGUUCCCCGCACAUGGAGCAGAACUCGCAGAUCCUUGCCGUGCAAGUUCAGUUGCUAGGCUGCUUCAUGGAUUGGGCGCUGCUAGGAGUUCUCACCGUCCAAGUUUACUUGUACCACGUCAACAUAUCAUGCGAUCCCCUCUUCCUUCAGAUUCUCGUAUACGUGAUCUUCAUCCUCGAAUGGCUGCAAACCAUCAACUUGUCCUCGAUGACCUGGCAGGUAUUUGUCGUGGAUUACGGCCAAGGCGACGCGCUCUCCACAAUCCACGUCGGCUUUGUGCCUUUGCCGAUAAUGUGCUCCGUCGUCUCCUUGAUAUGCAUGCUCUCGAAGAGCACAUGCCUCGUCACCGUCAUCAUGCUGGUCUGUCAUGUCUUCUCCAGCAACGGGAGACGUCUGAAGGACGGGGCGCAAGCUCGAAUUCCUCUCGUCCAACGCUGCGUUAAUGUCACCUCCCGCUUCGUUGACGUUCUCAUUGCUAUAGUCAUGACCGUACUGAUGGUGAAAUGGAAGACAGGCAUUGCCGCUACCGAUAGAAUCAUCAACAAGAUUAUACGUCUCGUUGUCGAAACUGGGAGCCUUACAGCGAGUGUCGCAACAGUGGGACUUGUGUUGGCCAUAAUAGACCCAACAGCGUCCUAUUAUCAACCCGCAAUAUACACCCUGACAAAGCUCACGAGCAUCGCGUUUACCUCCGUAUUCGUCGAUGUUGAAGACCCUCGUCAUCAAGAGAGGUCGAGUGCGCAGGGACUCGAUCGACAAGCCACUGUCACUUCGCAUUAGGUCGUUGUCCGUAGCUCGCUUUGGGUAGAUCAACGACCUUGUGGAUUGACACGAUGCAGCCACAAUGUAACAUACCGACAUAGUAUCGCGCAGACCCUCGCACAAGGGAUCAAUAAGUAAAUAUCACAUUUGCCUGUUCGCUACAACAAUUCAGUGCUAUCUGUGCACGACAGUAUCCUUCUGGGAGCUUCGCCUCGUGGAGGGCGAUGAUCCUCUCCCGUAUCGUAGGCAGACUCAUUGCAUUGUCGGUUCACGUCCUCUCUGUGGGAUAUCAAUGGGGAACCUUGAUGCAUAAUGGUUGGAUGAGAACAAACGCUGUACAUAGUCAGCUCGUGGUACAAUGCGCGCAAGGCCGGUAGGUCCAGUCG